UCUAGCUUUCCAACCAUUCUCCUGGGAUAUAUAGCAGUGUUUAGGCGAUACUUGUCUGAUAUUGUCGCGGUUACUAUAUUGUUAAUUUUAGCCGAAUGGUCCAGUGCUGAAUAUACUUGACGUUUUAAAUUGUCAGCCACCGAUAUAAAAUCUUAUAUUGAUUGGGCUACCGCGAUACAACUUCACUGUGAAGUCUCAUCCACUCGAUCAGGUAAUAGAUGCUUGGAAAAUCCGAUAAACUCCCAGGAAAUGGUGGGGAGGGCCCCAAACUCCGGGCCGCUUGCGAGAACUGUCGACAAUCCAAGGUCAAAUGCAACUUAGGAGGAAAGAAUACUUGCAUCCGCUGUCUCCGGCAUGGGUUGCAAUGUCGGUACCGGGUCGCCAAUCGGUCUGGUAAGCCGAAGGGGAGCAAAAACCGAGCUACUUUGAGGAAACUAGGACAGCUCCAGGAGACGUCAGCAGCCCAAGUCUCCGGGAGGAGCACGAAACGCCGAGCUCUCCAGGCCACCGAACCACUAGGUGCGGAUCAGGAGCUGAAUAAAAGCGAGAAUGAGACGCGAGAGCCCAGCCAACAGCUCACAGACAGUCCCUUAAGUCAACACAGUACAGCCAAUACAUGCUUACUACUGAGUGAAUCGCCGGCGGACUACGUGAAUUCAUAUAGGGGUUCACUGCCUGAUUCAACGCAUGCGGCUUCCCUGUCGCCGACCUUUCUCCAGAAAGAGUUUAUCACAAAAGGAUUGACGAGCUUUCCACUUGCCGUACAUAUCCCCAACGUACUACAGCCCAUAUGCGACUGUGGUGAGACUAUCGAGUUCCAUGCAAAUCGUCUACAACAUAUCGCGGCUGACCCAGUCCAUACGCGAUUUGAUCAGGGCCUGCAGGCUGUCAAGGAGGCACUGUCGGUCUGUCGAGGAUUCCUCCAAUGCCACAGCUGCCACAAAGAUAACACGCACGUGCUAUUAUCGGUAACGACACUGGGAUUGGCCCUACAACUGUUUGGUUACUGGAUAACGUACCAGUGCGCCGCGCACGUCUGUGCGAGCAACGACGGACUCGGGUACGGCGAGUAUGAACUGGCGCCCGAGGAGACGCGCCGAGUGCGCCGGGUGCUCAUCCGAGGCCGACUCCAACAGUGUAAGGAGGUGGUGACAUCGCUAAAAGCAACAAUCGACAUGUCCAGCAACGCAGAUCUGGAGGGGAGCUGGCUACAGCAGAUCAUCCGCGGAUACGAAGGGACAGUGGAAGCAUAUCUGCAAGCGAUGGGCUGUAUUUGCAAUUGAAACGCAUGAAACAACACUUGUAAUUAUUUAUUUCCCAGUAUACCAAUUAAUGCACUCUGAUAGUA